AUGCUCAAGGAGACAAAUAAGGAUACUAUUCAAAAACCGGAAGAUCCUGAGCCAGUUGAAGGACAUAAGUUGAUGAAGAUGAUUCAUAAGAUUAGCGGACAGCCCUCAUCUUACGUGAAUAAGUCUGACUAUAUUUUCGGACGGACUCUGGGCGCAGGCUCAUUUGGUGUCGUUAGACAAGCCCGCAAAAUCUCAACUGGAGAAAACGUAGCUGUUAAAAUUCUUCUGAAGAAAGCACUAAAGGGUAAAGAUGUUCAAUUGCAAAUGCUCUACGAUGAAUUGUCAAUUUUACAGAGAUUGGAUCACCCCAACAUUGUCAGGUUUAAGGAUUGGUUCGAGUCUAAGGACAAAUUCUACAUAGUAACUCAGUUGGCCACCGGUGGGGAACUCUUUGAUCGAAUUUUGAAAAAGGGGAAGUUCACGGAAAAGGAUGCAGUAAAAAUUGUGGUACAAAUUUUGGACGCUGUAGAUUACCUGCAUUCCAAAAACAUUGUUCACCGUGAUUUGAAGCCUGAGAACAUACUUUAUCUUGAUGAAUCUGAUGAUUCGCGACUCGUGGUGGGAGAUUUUGGCAUUGCCAAAGAGUUGAAAAGCGAUGACGACCUGAUACACAAAGCCGCAGGGUCCAUGGGCUACGUCGCUCCAGAAGUACUGACUACCAGCGGACACGGGAAGCCUUGUGAUAUUUGGUCUGUUGGAGUAAUUACAUACACAUUGCUGUGUGGAUACUCCCCGUUUGUUGCAGAGAGUGUAGAAGGGUUUUUGGAGGAAUGUACCUCAAGGCGUGAACCUGUAACGUUUCACCGUCCAUAUUGGAACAGUAUUUCACAAGAAGCCAAGGAUUUCAUCUUACGAGCUUUGACAGUGAAUCCAGUAAAGAGACCAACUGCUGCUGACCUACUGAAGGACAAAUGGAUUGCAACCGAGACUCAACGCACAGCUGAUCUAUUGCCAGCGAUCAGGAAGGGUUUCGAUGCACGCAAGAAAUUCCGUGAGGCUGUUGAAAUUGUAAAAUUGAACAAUAGAAUAAAGAAAUUGAAGCAAUUAUAUGGUGAAGAAGGCGAGACGGAUACCGAUAUCGAAGAAAAUUCGGCUGGAUCUUUUAACAUGGAAAGUCUCCAGCAAUCUUUAACGGAUCUAAGCCAAAACUCAAGAGAUAGCAGCAAAGAUUCAAUCGAAUCGAAACAGCUGAAAUCCCACCUCACACAAAACGCUUUCGCACAGAUUGUAAAGGCCGCCACUCAGAACAAAGAUAGGAUCAUCAACUAUAAGGAUGAUGAUGAAACGAAGUGA